CGAAUCUGUGUUGCUUAAGGAAAACUAUUGGUAAUCCGGUUUAACUACUCGCAAACUCCAUUGGUUUGGAUCCUGGUCGGUAUCUGAUUCAGGAUGGAAGUUUCGUUUAGGUGAAAAAAACCACAGAUAGGCAAUCACAUUAGAUCCAUCGAAAGUAUGGGGCAAGGAAGAAUAUUGAGGAUGGAUGUUUUCCUUUUCCUGCCUUCUAAAGUUUUCUUCUUUGGGAAGCUACCUUGAUGCACUGGUCAAAAGAAGGUGUUUGCCCCAUACUUCAGUAAAAUGACCCACAUGACCAGGGUCAAUCAAGAUCAUUUUAUAACCAUGUCCAAAAUAUAAGGAGAACCUCAGUGUUUAGGAUGUAUUGAGACCUAAAAAAUAAUACGAGGGGCAACUUGGGUAUUCCAAGUAGCACAUCGCUUUCCACCAGUGGAAUACAAAGAUUGUGGAAUCACCACCUUUUGUGAAGCCAAGAAGUUUCUUUAGGUCAUCAAUUACCUUCAUAGAUUAUCAUGUGAACUACUGUGAACCACUUCGCUUUCCACCAGUGGAAUACAAAGAUUGUGGAAUCACCACCUUUUGUAAAGCCAAGAAGUUUCUGUAGGUCAUCAAUUACCUUCAUAGAUUAUCAUGUAAACUAAUGUGAACUGUCUGUGACUCUCUGGUGAUCCAGUUCCGGUUCUGAUAGAGGCUACUGCAACAGCUCAAGAAGAAAUAUGCCGUCAACCUUGCAAAGGAUUCUACUUGCUCUGCUCUUUUUGUCAUCAAUUGCACCAAAAUCUGAUGGGCAGUUUGAGGAGUGGUGCGUUGCAGAUGAGCAGACCCCAGCGGCAGAGCUGCAAAGGGCGCUUGAUUGGGCUUGUGGGAAUGGUGCAGACUGCAGAAACAUACAAGUGAACAAACCUUGUUAUUUGCCAAACACUGUCAAAGACCAUGCCUCGUUUGCAUUCAACAGCUACUAUCAGAAGUUCAAGCACAAAGGAGGCACUUGCUACUUCAAAGCUGCUGCUCUCGUCACUGUUCUCGACCCAAGUCAUGGUUCAUGCAAAUACGAGGUUCUUCCUUAAACUGAAAUUCAGAAAGUCCAAGAUCUAUCUCUCUCUCUCUCUCUCUCUCUCUCUCUCUCUCUCUCUCUCUCUCUCUCUCUCUCUCUCUCUCUCUCUCUAUGUUCUUGGUAGUAUUGCAAAACUUCUAUGUGAGGAGUUUUUGUGUGAUGUAAUAUGAAAUGUGAAGUGAAAUAAAGUAAAAGUAGUAAGAUAAUUGUUAUUUUACUUUUAUUUAUGUCAUUCCUUUAGAGGUGAAGGAUGUAUAUAUUGUCCAUAUGUCUGUGUAAGGCGUAUUGAAUGAUUCCAAAGUGUUUGUAUUAGUAUGACACAAUAAUUGGUGUAUUGGUAUUUGGUGUGUCACAAUAAUUUGUCACAAGUGUAAUAGUUGUUUGUAGUAGUUCUUCCAGGCUCUCUUUUCCCCUAUAAAAGGAGGAGGCCUCCACCUAUGUAUGAACAGACUUAAGCAAUAAUAUAUUCCUUGUCUGGUGUUCUCUCU